AUGAUAAUUGACACGAUUCGCAUUAUUUUUUUUUGUUUUUUUGUUUUAACCGUUACAGAUUUCGUAUGUCAAUUUUUACUUUCCUUUUCAAUAUUGUCAAAUUCUUCGAAAAUUUUAAGUGGGUCGACAUCAUCGGAAGAUUCAUUAAAUUCCGUACACGGCCUUAGAUUUUUAAGUUUUUCUUGGGUCGUACUGGUUCACACAUAUCUUCAAAUAUUCGCCAUAGGAGAAAAUAAAGGACUCAGAGCCGUGACGGAGAAAAAUUUUGCUUAUCAAUUAGUCGGAAAUGCAACUUAUUCCGUGGAUUCGUUUCUCGUGAUAAGCGGUUUACUCGUAUCAUAUUUAUUUUUUAAAAAUAAAACGUCGAAAAUAGAAAUCGAAAGUUUUUUAAAAAGUUUUGGAAAAUUUUUUACAUUAGUCCUGUAUAGAUUUGUCAGGCUGACUCCUGUAUACAUAACAGUACUCGGUAUCGUACACAUAACAAUGUCUUUUCUAAGGGAUCAAACUGUUUUUGAAACUCCUUUAAUAUUACAAUUAAAUUGUGAUACUUAUUGGUGGAGAAAUAUACUUUACGUAAAUAAUUUUUACCCCAGAAGAGAAAUGUGCAUGUUAUGGAGUUGGUACAUGGCAACCGAUACUCAAUUUUUCGUACUCAGCGUCAUUCUUCUCCUUUUGGCUAAAAGGUAUUUUAAAAUUUCCGUCGUUGUUCUCUUUACCCUUUUGGUAAGUUCUUGGUGUACAACUGCUUACAUUGCUUACACUUAUCAGUACCAAGUCAAAGUUCAAGAACCUUUUGCACUUUUUGAUGAACUUUACGAUAAACCUUGGACACGUAUAGGUCCAUACAUAAUUGGUAUGUGUGCCGGUUGGCUCCUUGCAGAAAAAAAAUGUCAAAUAAAAAUGCCAUGGAUUGUUGUCAUAUUGGGAUGGAUUUUAUCGAUCGGUGGUUUGUUCGGUUUAGUUUUUUGUAUAAGAAACGGUUUAGGGGUUGCAGAAUCAUCGAUUUAUGCUGCCCUGGGACACACGGUUUGGGGUUUAACCCUUGUUUGGAUUGUGAUAGCAUGUCGGUGCGGUUACGGAGGAUGGAUAAAUACGUUCCUAUCAUGGCCGGCAUUUCAUCCUUUUAGCAGACUGACUUAUUGUGCUUAUUUAGCACAUCCAAUAAUUAUGUUUUUGACUAAUUAUGUAAUGGAUGGUCCUUUUCACAUGCAUAACGGCGUCGUUAUGAUUGUGUUUUUAGGAAAUUUAAUUUCAUCUUAUAUCUUAUCAUUUGCCUUAUCACUCGCAUUCGAAGCACCAUUUAUGAGAUUAUUAAAAUUAAUUCUUUCACCUAAUCAAGAAAAAAGGUGA